AUUCAAGCAGUUGGAAUUUCAUUAUUAAUGCGAAUGUAUGCCUGUUUCGCCAUGAAUUCCACACCGUGACCUAGUUGGUUUUAGUUCCAUUGGAUCUCUUCUACUACUUCUUCUUCUGCUGCUUACUCUGCCAUAUCUUGCUUGAUUUUUCAGUUUAUCACGAGGUUUUCUUCAUUGAGUUUCAGGAUUUUGUGGACCAGUUGACUAUUGGUUAUUCUGAGAUUUCGACCGCAAUUGGAGGUUUUCGUUUCAGUGAGCUGGGGAAUAUGUGUGUUUAACUGGCACAGGUGAGGACAUAGUGUUGCGGUUUCGGAUGCGAUGUUGGGAAGGGUAGGAUCAGUGUUUGUUCGCGAAGCGAGGCGUCAGCUGGCGUCGCGCCAUGGGAUCGAACGAGCAUACCAUGUUUCUUCGAGCACGCUUGCUCCAAUGUUUUUCGUGAGGCCCACAGUCAUGGAAAUGCCCACUCGGUCGAUGCAACACCUGGUUUCAUGGAGCCGUCCCGUUCACAGUGACUUACCCCGGGCAUACUCACCUUUCGCGCAUCACAUGAGCACGGCGGCUGCUGAGCCGGCAGAGGAGGAGGACGCUACACCGGCGAAGGACAGGAAGCUCGCCACUGUCAAAUCGGGAUCGGAGGAAAAAUUCGUAAAGGCCACGGAUAUCUCCAGUUAUUGGGGUGUGGUGCCAAAAGUCCAACACAAGGAGGACGGGACUCCUUGGAAAUGGACGUGCUUCACGCCGCACGAGACGUACUAUCCCGAUGUCACCAUCGAUUUAGAGAAGACCCACGCUCGCAAGACGUAUACGGAUUCCAUUGCUUACUGGCUGGUGAAGUCGUUACGUGUACCUUCGGAUAUGUUCUUUAAGAAGCGGUAUGAUGUUCGUGCAAUGAUGCUGGAGACCGUGGCGGCUGUUCCUGGAAUGGUCGGCGGAAUGCUGCUCCAUUGCAAAUCAUUGCGUAAAUUUCAGAACAGCGGGGGCUGGAUUAAGGCCCUUCUCGAGGAAGCUGAAAACGAACGAAUGCACUUGAUGACCUUCAUGGAAGUGGCGCAGCCCAAAUGGUGGGAGCGCGCGCUCGUGUUUGCAGUGCAAGGUGUUUUCUUCAACGCGUACUUUCUUCUUUACCUUGUGUCUCCAAAGAUCGCUCACCGGAUCACGGGUUACCUGGAAGAGGAAGCCGUUUACUCCUACACGCAAUUCCUCAAAAUGAUUGACGAAGGCCACUUCCAGAAUGGUCCAGCACCCUCGAUCGCCAUCGACUACUGGCGGCUUCCAAAGGAUGCCACCAUACGUGACGUGGUGAUGGUGGUUCGUGCAGACGAAGCUCAUCAUCGUGACGUUAACCAUUUCGCCGCCGAUAUUCUUGACCGAGGUAAGGAGCUGCGGGAAUCGCCUGCUCCCGUCGGGUACCACUAGCGCAUUGCUAGUUCAGCACUUGUGUACAUAUUCAUUCCUUCAUCACGGCUUCCGAACUUACGAUAACUUAAUGACCGAAGUUCUAUACUAGUGGUAACCCAGGAAUUAGGAACCGUAGAACUUUUUAAGGCCAAAAAAGUUGGUAGACGCAUCAAUCCGAUGCCGAACUACAACCACUCGAAGUGGGUUCCAGAAAAAACUGGAACGACUACGCUGCGCUAUCGCCACCGUUCGUUGCUAGACUCAUUUAUAAUAAUAAAAUAGAAGAAUGAAGAACAGCUCUGGGUGGGGCUCACCAGACCUGGUCUGCAAAUUUACACAAUUCUGAGGCACUUUUCACAUGUUCUGACGCAAUUGGAAUGAGAUGGGGAUGGUUUCGCAUCGGUAGCUGUGUAGGAUUUACCUUGGUUGCUUCGAGAUUCCGAAAGCAAGUAGCCGGCCAUCUGCAUACCUCGGACUCCUGUACAACAUUCGUGUAGGCCGUUUCGCCUCCACAGGAGUAGAUAGAUUCAUUCUACGAAAUGCUGUUUUCAAGGUCCGUUACUUCUCCGCUCACUUGUGGCCGGAUUUGUAUCGAACCAUUUGGUAGCGGAAUGCUGAUUUUCGAGAAGUCAUAAAUGUUAACAUUCUGAGAAGAAUUCAUGUUAUGCUUCAUUUUUGA